UAAAAACAGCCCCAAGUUCUCAGCUCCUACCGGAUCAGUCUGAGGAGACAGAACUGUUGAAACCAGCUCGGGUUAAAAAGGUGAUGACGGAGGAAAAAACAUGGGCGCUGGUCUCAGAGGUGGGGGGCGAGCACGGUUACCUUGAAGAACUAGCUGACAUACUGAAACAACACUUCCGAAUCAUUUGCUACAGAGAGCUUCUAGAAGACCCAGUGCUUUAUGGCCCCAAAAUCCAGGUCCUGUUCAUGUGGAAGUAUUGUCCUGCAGCCGAGCCUUUGCUGCUUGGCCUGCUUCCUUCCCUCAAAGUGGUUGUCAGCGGAGGAGUGGGCAUCGACCACCUGGAUGUGCCGUUCAUUAACAGCGUCGGGGUGAAGGUGGCCAACACGCCAAGCGUAGUCAGCGACUCCACUGCAGAUUUGGCCAUGGGUUUACUUCUGGCAUCAGCUCGCAAGAUCCUUGACGGUCAUCAAAUAGCUGUUGACCCAAAGACAAUGCACAUACCACAAAGCCUGAUGGGAGUUGAAGUCACAUUCUCAACUCUAGGGAUCAUUGGAAUGGGAGAGAUUGGUUAUAAAAUUGCCCAAAGAAGCCAAGGAUUUGAAAUGAAGAUCCUGUAUCACAACAGGACCAGAAGAAAUGUGGAGGAUGAGCAGGCGGUUGGAGCGAGCUACUGUGAGAGCCUGGACGACCUGCUGAGGAAGUCGGACUUUGUGGUGAUAGCCGUCAAACUGACCUCGGACACAACGGGUCUCAUCGGCCACAGAGGGCUAUCCCUCAUGAAACCCACAGCAACACUGGUCAACAUCAGCAGAGGCAAAGUUGUGGACCAGAAUGCCUUGGUUGAGGCUCUCCAGUCAGGAUCAAUUCGUGCAGCAGCACUAGACGUGACUCAUCCUGAACCAUUACCAAGGGACCAUCCUCUCCUCGGUCUGCCUAAUGUGCUGAUCACCCCCCACAUCGGGAUCAGUACCUACAAUACAGCAAGAAGGAUUGUGGAGAAGAUGGUAGAAAAUGCCCUGGCUGCAGUGAAAGGCUUACCGAUUCCAAAUGAAGUCAAGCUGCAGUUACACAAUCAAUGUUAAUCUUUCUGCAGUGGGUCUUCUGAGCUGUUGGCCUCAUUCUUUUACUUCAGAUCUAUUGGCUAAAGUGUAAACAUAGGAAAUGGCAACAGUCAAAAUGUAAGUUCAAAAGUGUAUUAUGCCAUAGUGUCUUUCACAAGACACCUUUAAGAAAAUAAUAAACAUGUACAGAUCUGUAUGCAAUGUCUUUAAAAACACUUGAAACAAAGUUAAAAUGACU